GCGACGGGGAGCCGGCUCGUGAACACGUGCUUCAUUGCUGACUGGCGAGAUAUGGCGGAUGAUUAAACUUUGUUUUGGGACCGGCGACUUUGACAGUGAUAACCAGGCAUGGCUGGCCCAGAACACGUCAAAAGCAAAGGACUGAAGUUUGCUGAGGAGCAAUUACUAAAGCAUGGCUGGGUACAUGGCAAAGGCCUGGGCAAAAAGGAAGAUGGAAUGUCAGAAGCAAUCAAAGUGAAAGUAAAAUGUGACAAAUUUGGGGUUGGACAUCGACAAGAAGAGCAGUUUACUUUCCACUGGUGGGAUCAUGUAUUCAAUAAGGCUUCCUCCAAUCUCUCUGUUGAAUCCAGCAAGGAUGGAGUGGCACUGAAAAAGGUAGGAGAAGAAGCGCAACUGAUCUCUAACAAGAAACCACAAAAGGCAGAGCAGAGCAGAACUAAGCUAUAUGGAAAGUUCCUCAAGUCCGCAACACUCUUGUCAGGUGCAGAACAGCCAGAAGAGAAGAAAGGAUCUGAAUCUGAUGACAGCAGCAGCAGCGGUGACGAUGAUGACAACAACUUGAUCCUGUCCUCCACCACAAAAUUAACAGAUAACGAGCUCAUGAAGGCGUGUGGUGGUCGAACAGCACACAAGGGAGCACGUCAUGGCCUAAAUAUGGGUGCCAAGCUGGCAAGAUUAGAUGAACAAGAGAAAGAGUUUUUGGCAAAGUAUGGAAAGAACAACCCCAGUUUUGUUGCAUCAGCAACUAAUGGAGAAAGUACUCCAGAAGAAACAGAACUGAAAACAAAAAAGAAAAGUAAGAAAAAGAGAAAUCUCAACAGGGAUAUGGAAAGUUUUGAGGAGUCACAAAACAUUGUCAGCCCUCUUGAAGAAAUUAAUCCAGUAAAGACUCGUGCAGACAGAGAUCAUGAAUUGGAAGCCAUGCAGUCGGACAUGGUGCUACAGGAUCAGCUUUUUGAAAAGAAGAGAAAGCGAAAUAAGAAAAGGAAAAAUGACACAGACAUGUUAACUUUGGAAGAGUCUGAAAGUGCCAACUACCUUGAAGAAGCCAAGAAAAUCAAAAAUUUUGAAGUUGGAUUAAAUGGAGUUAUUGAAGGCAAUGAACAGAGUAUUGAAGGAGCUGUGCAAUUGACCGCCAAGGACCCAGAUAGAAAAAAGCGAAGGAAAAAGCAGCACCAUAAUGGAAAUGACAUUGUAACACUUGAAGAACCAGAAAGUGCUCCCUACCCUGAGAUGGAGGCGCAGGAAAAUCAAGAAUGUUGGGCUUCUAAAAAAUCCAAAAAGAAGAAGCAGCAACUAGGUGAUGUUCUUCUAGUAAAAGUCAUUCCUGAUAUUGCCAGUGAAACAAAAAAGGCAAAAAAAAAGAAAAAUAAGAAAUACAAGUUGAAAGAAAACCCUUUUUAAAAAGCAAAAGUUUUUAUUUUUUGAACAUGAAGAAUAAUGAUGUUAUGGCAUAAAUUGUUUUCAUAGACCCAAGGACUGAUCUUUAAAAGGUGUUCCUCUGCCACGUAAAACUCCAAGGUGCCUGCCCAGUGAGCACUUGUAACAUGGAGAAGACGUGGCCAUUGGAUGGUCUUUGUAAACAAGAUGCCUUUUCUUAUCUCUUCAUUGGUUGACAAGGCCAGUGAUUACUAGAAAGACUGCUUGGCCUGCACCCAGAGUUCUAUAUGAAGAGAAGUUACUUAUUUAUUGUUGUCCUUGUCAUUUAAGCACAAUGCAUGAGAAAUGAGUUUGAGAGGAAAUCUCUCCUAAAUUAUUCUGCAGAGCUCUUAAUCAGCAGGGAAAAGAGGGUUGAUGUUUUUAAAUAUUACAUAGAAAGUAUGACCUGCAUCAAAGACCCUGUGAAGCUGUUUUCUCUGGACAAGCACUGCUUCUAUGAUGUGCACAA